GUCGCAAAUAGCCACUCAGUGAGUUCUCGGUAAUCAACUGGAUCACUUUGCGCAGAGAAUUCGUUCGGAUAAGCAGUCGAUUUAAUGGUGAAAAUCUCCCCCAAUCGCGAUGAAGUUGCAACUCUUGAUGUUUUUAUCUUUUAUCUGUGUUGUGUCUUGUGAAUAUGGCCGAAAUCACUUGCCGCGCACCUCAAAGCCCAAUCACUAUUACCUGUACAUUCUUGUCGACCCGGGCAAGGGAUUUUUCAAUGGCAGCGUGACCAUCAAUUUGGACGUGAUCGAGCCAACUGACAGGAUAACACUCAACUACAAGGAUCUCAUUCUGCACACGCACCAAGCGGGCAUAGAUUCGCACAACUUCAAUUACACCUUGAGGGACAUCAUUGUGAAUCCGGAUUCGGAGAUUGUGGAAUUUGUAUUUGACGAUUUGCCGGUUGGAAACUAUGAUUUCUUCGUGGCCUUUGACGGCUUCAUCAAUCGCAAGGAUUUGAAAGGACUCUACAUGACCCACUAUUGGACGGAAGAUGGCAAGAAGCACAGAGCAGCCACGACUUUCCUCGCCCCGAUCUAUGCUCGCUGGGUUUUUCCGUGCUACGACGAACCGCGCUACAAAGCAUUCUUCACAGUCACUCUGGUUCAUUCGCCCAAGUAUAAAGCUCUCUCCAACAUGCCGGCAAUCUCGAAACCGCUAGUACUCGGACCUAAUAUAGUUGAGACAACUUUUCCAUCAACACCUAGAAUGUCAACUUAUCUUCUGGCAUUUAUGGUGUCGGAUUUCAAGGGAAACGCAAACAUGGCUGGAAAUUUCACGGUAUAUUCUCAGCCUGAGCAAAUCCACAUGACGAAAUACGCUCUCGAGCACGGACAGCGAUCGCUGAGGAAGUUCGAAGAGUACUUCGAAGCUCCUUACCAAUUGGCCAAGAUGGACAUGGUGGCAUUCGACGACUUCCUCAUGGGCGCCAUGGAAAAUUGGGGUCUCAUAACGUACCUGAGCUAUCGUCUGCUCUACGACGAGGCGACAGUCUCGAACAAAGCGAAGCAGCACGUGACGAAGACCAUCACGCACGAGCUGGCGCAUCAGUGGUUCGGGAAUGAAGUGACUGCAGAGUGGUGGUCUGAGAUAUGGCUGAACGAGGGCUUUGCCACGCUCUAUGCCGACCUGAUCAAUGACCAAUUGUAUCCAGAGUGGAAAAUCAUGGAUCAAUUUAUUGUUCUCAACCUUCAAUACUCAAUGGAUCGCGAUGCAUCGCCAGAUACGAAGAGUCUGGACGAAUUGAUUGAGACUCUGCAGGACAUUUGGGGCGUCUACAACUACCUUCCGUACCAGAAGGCCGCCAGCGUUAUUCGCAUGAUUCAGAAUGCCAUCACGGACGAUAUCUUCUCGAGGGCCGUCAAGAACUACAUCAAAAACAUGAGCUAUCAGACGGUUAAGCCACAGAACUUGUACGAUCAUCUGAACGCUGAGACCAAUCAAAUUCCAGGUCACAUUGAAGUUGGAAGGAUGUUCGCCAAUUGGAUCCAGAAUCCUGGAUUCCCUCUCGUGACUGUGAUGCGAGACUACAACAUGAGUUACCUCACCGUCUAUCAGGAGCGCUUCAUUGCAAGCGAAGACCGCGAAAGUGUUCCCGACACGAGAUAUCACGUGCCAAUCAACUAUGCCACGAAGAGGAAUCCUGACUUUAGCGACACAACGCUGCAGCACAUCAUGUUUCCGGACAGCGACUUAGUCGUGCCGCUAAAUGGAGGAGAGGAGGAGCUGGACGAGUUAGAUUGGGUGAUCGUGAACAAGAGAGCCACUUACUAUUAUCGUGUGAAUUAUGACAACCAAAAUUGGCACUUACUUAGUCUGGCUCUUCGCGAAAAUCUAACGAUAAUUGACACGGCCAACAGAGCUCAACUUAUUGACGACGCCUUCACGCUGGCAUAUUAUGGACAUUUGUCGUACGACAUUGUGUUGUCCCUGGCGAACUACCUUCGCCAGGAGACUGAAUUUGUUCCCGUGGCGGCGGCUAUUAAGCAUCUUCGGUCUCUGGAAUUGAAGUUGCGUGGAACGAAUAGAAAAUUCCUGAAGUUCUUGCUACCUAUUAUCGCCAAAUUGUACAACAGAGUGGGAAUGCACGAGAACAAGGAUGAUUCGCAUUUGACGAAACUGCUUAGAAGUGAAGUUACACGAUUCGCUUGCGAAAUGAACAUUGAAAAAUGUCUCGAGGAUGCUUCUAAGGAAGACAUGCGUCAGCAACUCAAUCCGAACACUCGACCAGCCGUUUUGUGUGCAUAUUUUAGGAGCAAUGUGGAUAAAAUGUGGCCACUGGAAAUUUUGUACAACAAAAUGGUUCAACUCACCAAAACGCAGGGCGCAAGAAGAAAAAAUAUGUUUGAAUUUCAGGACAUCCUGCAGUCUUUUUCUUGUGCUAGCGGAGAUUAUCAGAGGAAUUCCAUAUUGGAAAUGACUUUGAAGAAGGGCGGAGGUUUUAAUUUGUUUCCGAGUGACUUGAACGAAAUUUUUACUUUCAUCGUUACGUCCAGCGAAUCCUCUGUUAUGCAAGGAUUGUACUUUAUCGCCUCGUACUAUAACAAUAUGGAGGCGAAUUACGCAUCCAUGGUUACAGUUUUCCAGACAUUCGGCAAUCAUAUCCGGACUGACGAGGAGUUGAAUCUGCUGAAACUCAUCAUAAAGAAGAAUAUUGAUGACAAUGCAGCUUUUGAUCCAGAUGUGAAGAUUGCAGCUAAGAUGGCAGUAAUGAAAGCUGAACAGAACAUCGCGUGGAUCAAGAAAUACUCACCUUCGAUUAACGACUGGAUUAAGGAGCACAAUGCAGCUCCUCGCUACAGGAUUCCAUCGCUUAUCCUGACGGUGUUGGCAUUUAUAGUGGCGUGUUUACAUGAAGUCCUAGACAACAGACGCGACGCGAGUGAAAGUCGCGGUGAAUUGUCGUUGAAAAUGGUGGAAAAGUAUUUCCCAAUCCUUUUUGGAGUAAUUUCCACUCUCUUGAUUAGCUGUCGUGCUGGUCCUGUAAUAAUAUCGAAGGAUUUGUCAAGUGAUGACGAUUUGCAGUACAAAUUGCCACAAACUACUCGACCAAAUCACUAUGAUCUUCGCAUGACGAUCGAUGUGGACGCGGUGGAAUUUCGCGGUUGGGAGACAAUCGAGAUUGAUGUGCUGCAGGAGACGGACGAAAUCGCAAUCAACUACAAGGACAUGACAGUGGAUGAGAGCGUGAGUCUCACGGAAAGGAAUGGCAAUAGCAUUGAGUUGCUCUCUUUUGACUACAACAACGUUACGGAGAUUCUCAGACUUCGAUUUCCACCAUUAUCUCUUGGAACGUAUUAUCUCGGUCUGGAAUUCAAUGGAACAAUUAGAAAUGAUCGGAAGGGACUCUAUAUCAGCACCUAUUUUGAUAAUACAGGCAAUAAGAGGAGUAUUGCAACUUCAUUUAUGGCGCCAAAUUACGCAAGAAUGGCAUUUCCUUGCUACGAUGAGCCUGAAUACAAAGCGACAUAUUCUAUUCGUAUCACUCAUGACGCUAAAUACUUUGCCAUUUCCAAUAUGCCACCGGAGAAAACGGAAAUGACGGAAGAUGGCUGGGAAACGACGGUGUUCGGAAAAUCGCUCAAGACAUCAACAUACAUUGUGACCUUUAUUGUUUGCGAUUUCGUCGUGAACAAGGAUCCUUUGACCAAUUUCGCAGUUUACUCCCAACCAGCUGUUAUUAACGACACAGAAUUCGCCUUACAGUACACUCAAGAUGUACUUAAGGAACUGGAAGUGUAUCUCGAUCGGACGUUUCAGUAUCCAAAGAUGGACAUCAUCGCAAUCGACGACUUUCUCAUGGGUGCCAUGGAAAACUGGGGAAUCAUUACGUAUUUGAGUAGCAGAAUCCUGAUCAAUGAUCAAACUGACGCGAAGACGAAGCAUCAAGUGGCCAAAACCAUUGCUCACGAAGUGGCUCAUCAGUGGUUCGGCAACGAAGUGACGCAUUUCUACUGGUCAGCAGUGUGGCUCAAGGAAGGUCUGGCUUCACUCUUCGAGGACAGCAUUAGCGGUGUGAUGUUUCCCGAGUGGCGGACAGAAGACAAGUUCACGCUCGACACAAUGCUGGCCGUGAUGCAAGACGAUGCUGGCAAGUCGGGAGUUCGUGCCAUGUUUAUCGAAGUCAAUACUGUUGAGGAGAUUAGAAAUAUCUAUGAUUUCGUCACUUACAAGAAAGCAGCUUCGGUCAUGAGAACGAUGGAAAACAUUAUAAGUAGCGCGGUUUUCCAGUCUGCUAUGAGAAAGUAUAUCAAUGAUUUCAGCUUCAAUGUCGCGACGCCUGACGAUUUGUCCAAGAGCUGGCAAUGGGCUGUCGAUCAGGACACUUCUGGCAGAUCUCUGCCUCAAAUCAAGGAGAUUUUCGACACGUGGAUCACCAAUCCUGGCUUCCCUGUCGUCACAAUAGCCAGAAACUACACAAGUGGUCAGGCUGAUGUGACUCAAAAGAGAUUCAUGGCAACUCUGGACAGCAAUGCUGUUCCAAACACAAAAUACUUCAUCCCCCUGAGUUAUGCCUCACCGCUGAAGAACGCUGAUUUUAAGGACACUUCAGCAGUUGCAUUUCUCAAGCACACAGACGAUUCUUAUCAGUUUCCAAUCCAAGCCAAUAAUGACGACUGGGUUGUGUUCAAUGUGAAAUCCACAAUGUACUAUCGAGUGAAUUACGACGAAAGGAACUGGGAACUGAUCUCUGACGCCCUUGCAACCAAUCACAAUGCCAUCGAUCCCUCAAAUAGGGCUCAAUUGAUAGACGAUGCUUUCAAUUUGGCUCGCUAUGGACAUCUUGCUUACAAAAUCCCGCUGAAUCUGACCAAGAACUACUUCAAAAACGAGCGAUACUACUACACUGUGGCUUCUGGCCUUCGUAAUUUGGCACGAUUGAAGACCAGCGUGAGAAUCCUGGAGACAGAUAAGUUUUCAACACUAUUGCUGGACACCCUGAAUGAGAUGUACAACGAUGUUGGUAUUGAGGAAUCAUCAGUGGAUGAUCACUUGCAGAAGAUGCUGCGAACUGACAUCACUCUGAUGGCGUGCAAACUGUCCAAGUCGCCAUGCAUUGAGGAUUCCUACAAGUAUCUCGUGGACAAUCAGCACAAUGACAUCUCCGCGAAUGUCCGCAGAUCCAUUUACUGCGGAGCCAUUCAGUACAGUUGCCAAGAACAGGAUGGCGAGGACUGUAAAUCCGAUUAUCCAGCAUUCACCAUUCUGACGAACAAGCUAACUAGACUGACACAGUCCGAGGCGAGUCGCAGGAUAAAUCAGCAGGAAAUAAGUGACAUCAUCGCCUCAUUUGGCUGUGUUAAAGACAGCAAGUUGAUAGAAGACAUUCUGAAGAUGACUAUUCAAGGCUUUCCGGGUGUUGAAUUUGAAAAAUCCUACUACAAUUCAAUUCUCUCCGCAAUGCUAGACAUUGAUAGUGACACAACUAAAAUCGUCCUAGCAUUUUUGAGAGAUAACUUUGAGAGUAUCCAGAGUCGUUCUUCAGAGCUGAAUGCAGUUUUUACCACAAUUGGAAGUGUUGGAAUCACAAAUGAGCACAGAUCCUUGGUUGUUCAGAUGGCAGAUAAUCAGAAAGACAACAUUUCUGCAGACCUGAAGAAGUCCAUGGGAAGUGCAAUAGAUGCAAUUGAUGAGAACAUAGCGUGGAAUGAUAAACUGUCUGGAGACGUUCGCACCUGGCUGGAUGACAGUUAUCCCGGAUCAGCUUCUAUUUACACGCUAAACCUCCUGCUUAUCUUGUGUCUUUUGUCCAUUACUCGCGUCCUGAAUUAGUUAUUCCUUCUCCUCAUCGCUGGAGACAAUUGUUUGAAAUUAUCCUAAAUAAAUUUACUUGAGGAGCCCGAAUGUGCACUGGACUAGCCAGGCAUUUAGCCUCGAGACAUGUCGCAAGGGCGGAAGUAUCUUGGAAAGCG